AGAAAGGAGAAGAAUCCACCACCACCCAUCCAUAUAUGAAUACUUUAUGAAAGGUCGAGACUCUAUAGGGACGGUUUGUUUCCUCUCUCUUUCACUACUACUCCUCUCUUGAAUGCAACUUCUCUUCUAUUCUACCGACACGUGUGUGUGUGUGUGUGUUUCUGUCUCCGUGUUCACUCUUCCUCUAACUCAAUUUCACUCAUCUUAUUUGGUUGCUGUUUCAUUCUUCUCAAUCACUUCUCAUUUUUUUCCACUAAUCUCCUAAUUGCUUUGCCUGAUUCUCUCUUUCUCUCUCUCACAAUCUUUUCUUUGUUUUCAUCACAAAUCUCAUCAAAAAUAUAUAUUAUAGUUUUAACUUUUUAGCAGUAAAAUUGAGUUUUAAGGGUUAGUUCUUUCUAAUUUGGUUUUCUUAAUGGCCAAGUUUCAAUCUUUUCCAUGAUUAUCAAACUGGGUUUUCUUUUUUAAUCAUCUCUCAUAAACAUGGCUAUAACCAAUAAUAUGUCACUGUCACUAUCCAAACGAAUGUUUUUUACCUUGUUCUUCAACACCUCGUUCCUCUUGUUGUUUUGUGUUUUUCUCGUUAAUCACUUUCAAUCCUCUGAACGUGUUUUUCUGAAAAGCAAAAACAACAACAAUAACCACUUUUCCAUUGGUGGUGUUAGUGAUGAUGAGGAUUGUAAGAGUUUUCAUAGCUUGAGUGACUAUAAAGCCAAAUGCUUUUACCUUAAAUCAAACAACCCAUGUGUCUCUCAAGGCUAUGUUGAUUACCUUUACCUUUUCUAUUGCAAAUUUGGGAGAUUCCCUUUUUUGGGUCAUACCCUUUUGUUUCUAUGGCUAUUGGUUCUCUUCUAUCUUCUAGCUAAUACAGCUUCUGAAUACUUUUGUCCUUCUCUUGAUAAACUUUCCAAAAUCUUGAGGCUUUCACCAACUAUUGCUGGUGUCACUCUUCUCUCUCUUGGUAAUGGUGCUAGUGAUGUUUUUGCAACACUUGUUUCUUUCAAAGGUAGUGGGACACAGGACAUUGGUUUCAACACUGUUCUUGGCGGUGCUUCCUUUGUGUCAUGUGUUGUGGUUGGAAUUAUAAGCAUUUCAGUUAGACAUAGAGGUAUUAAGGUUAAAAAAUCUGCCUUGUUAAGAGAUGUUUGUUUCCUUUUACUGGUUCUUGUUUGCUUGUUAACUGUCUUCUUAAAUGGUGAGAUCAAUGUUGUUGAGGCAAUUGGUUUUUGUUUGAUGUAUGUGGUUUAUGUGAUUGUUGUUUAUGUCUCAUCUAGCAAAAGGAAAAAGGGUGUUUUUGAAGAUGAUGAUGAUGAUGAUUCAAUUUCAAGUCAUGCCAAUGGCAAUGGCAAUGAUUUAGGUGUCCCUUUACUUGGUUGGAUGGAAAAGGGAAAAGUUCAUUCUACUCCAAAUGAAGCUCAUCAUGAAUGUGAGUUUAAAAUUGAGAACAAUUGUUGCUCUGAAAAAAAAUCCUCAAUAUGUAGAAUGUUACUUCGUGUUUUGGAUAUGCCUCUUUACUUGCCUAGGAGAUUAACAAUUCCUGUUGUUUGUGAAGAAAGAUGGUCUAAGUUAUAUGCAGUUUCAUCAGCUAUGUUAGCACCACUUUUAUUAUCUAUCCUUUGGAUUCCAAUCAAUGAAAACAGUUUCUCAAACUCAUCAACCCUUAUAGUUUAUGGAAUUGGAACAUUGGUUGGAAUCAUAUUAGGACUAAUUGCAUUUUUCACAACUAAUGCAUCAAGUCCACCAAAAAAAGGCUUGUUACCAUGGCUAGCUGCAGGGUUUGUGAUGAGUGUGACAUGGAGUUAUAUUUCAGCUCAAGAAUUAGUAGGCUUGUUAAUUUCACUUGGUUUCAUAUGUGGAGUUAAUCCUUCAAUUUUGGGGCUAACAGUACUUGCAUGGGGGAAUUCACUUGGUGAUUUAGUGACAAAUUUGACAAUGGCUUUAAAUGGUGGACCAGAAGGUACUCAAAUAGCCAUAUCAGGUUGUUAUGCUGGUCCUAUCUUUAAUACAGUUGUUGGAUUGGGGUUAUCUCUUGUGACAACUACUUGGUGUGAGUACCCUUCAUCUAUUGUGAUCACUAGAGAUCCUUAUUUGUGGGAGACUUUGGCACUUUUGGUGGUUGGAUUGAUUUGGUCACUUGUUGUUUUAAUUAGAAGAGAUAUGAAGCUUGAUGCUAUCUUAGGAGGUGGACUUUUAGCUAUUUACUUCAUUUCUCUUGUUCUUAGGCUGAUUCAAACACUUGGUUCUCUCCAAUUUAAGGAUAUGAUAGUCUGAAUUCUAUUAGCAACUGACAUUACUUAAUGUAUAUAUUAUAUUAUAGGAAUCAUGAUUAUGUAAACUAUAUGAUAGGUAGGCAAUAUUUGUUAGGGACUAGGGGUAGUAUACAAGUAUAACUUCCACUUCAAUCUGUACCUAGCGUUCCUUUGCUAAUACCAUUACUGCACUUUACUUAUGCAUCAAGAUGGUGUUAGUUAAUUAAUGUUGCUAAUACCAAAAAUAAAGUAAAAAAUAUUUGUGUUGCUUUAUUGAUAUGGAGAUGGUGUUAAUUAGU